AAGCAAAAUAACAAUUUUUGAAAUAUCACUUUUAAAGAAAAAACUGGUUAUACAAAAUGGUGAGAAAUUUUUAAUGGAAGAAAAUGUUGGUCCAGUAAAAGAAAGAUACUUGUUAUAGAUGCAAGCACAUCCUUUUACUUUUGUAACCAAUUGAUAUGGGCGAGUGAUUUCUUAUUGUUGAAGAUUUGUUUUGUUAUUCUAUACAAGGAAACAAAUCAUCUCAAGCAUCAACCCUAUCACUGUUUCACUUGGUCACCCAUAGGGAAAACAACCAAUUCAUACUUCAAUAGAACUUUGCGGUCCCGAUCAAUACAUAUACUAACGACAUAUGCAAAAACAUAUAUAAACUUAAAUUUAUUUUAAAUUACAUACACGAACUAAUAAGUUAAAUCAUUCGUUAACUUUUUUAUGUUAGUCAAACGUUUGUGGAUGAUGACCUUUCCGUUAAUGGAGGCUUACGUGGAGCUGAACUAUUGAUAUGCGGUUUAAAAUAAUAAUUAAUAAACUAAGAUUAAUUUUAUAAAAGAAGUAGAGAGGGGGGGACUUUUACGUAUCUUACAGCCCUUAAAGUUAAUUUUAUAAGAAAACCAUGUUCUCUCGCGAGGCGGCUAGGGUUCUCACCAAAAUCCCCAAAUCUCCCCCAAAUCCCCAGAAAUUGAUCUGAUAUCCCUAGAUCUCAUUCAGCAAGACAAGCAGAAGGUCACGCUGUACCCAUUAAACUCACAUAGCUUUCUAUUCCGAAGAAAUCUUCUCCUCUACCCACUAGUUUCAAACCACGAUCCCCAGAUCCAAACGCCCCACCUCGAACCCUCGCUGGAGACUGAAAGAUUCUCUCUUUAGGCCCUAGUGGCUUAUCAUUAGGCCUUUGUGGCUUCUCAUUAGACCAUUGUGGUUUCUCAGGUCAGUAACAAAAUGUUUCGUCCCAAAAAGAAGAAAGAGCUCUCCUUGAUGGAGAAACUCAAAGAGCUCGAGCUGCUAGAAGAGGGAGAGAUGGUCGACAUCCCGGACCUAGAAAACGACGACCUCAUUGAAGAAAACUCUCUUAGCGUGAUUGUACGAUGCCUCAACCCUGCUGUACACAAAGUCGGUGGCCUCGUCAAAGCCCUUCCCCCGAUAUGGGGCUUGGAAGAUAGAGUUCAUGGAAGAGGAGUGGGAGCAGACAGAGUCCAGUUCAUCUUCCAAUCGGACAGAGACCUUCACCAUGUACUCACGAGAGGCCCUUGGUUUGUGAAUGGCUGGAUAGUCUCUCUUGACCAAUGGUCACCCUCCCCAUCUCCAGAUUUCCUCCACAAAAUCCUAUUCUGGAUCAGAGUCCGAGGGCUCCCCGUCCAUCUCCUAAAGAAGCAAGCCGUCGACAGUCUCAUUGGACCUCUGGGAAAGAUAGAAAAGGUAGAGCUGCACGCCAAGAACUCUACCUCCGUGGAAUACAUUCGAGCUCAAGUAUGGAUCAAUACAGAUGAGCCACUCCAGUUCAGGCGUACAGCUCGCUUCAAGUCAAGAGAAGUAAUACCUACUGAGCUGGAAUAUGAGAGACUCAUCAAAGUCUGCUUUCUCUGCAAGCACCUCACGCAUGAUCAAACAAAGUGCCCCUAUCAAGUUCUACCCCAGGAGCAGCAUCAGAACGUCGCCGUACCACGACGAAGCAACCAGGCCCAAGGAGGAUCCCUGAGAAAAGACCAACAAGGUGGGCAAAACUCCAAAGCGACAGUAAAAGCUCCCCGAACAACUCACUCUCGAGCAACUCAAUCUCGCGCAACAAGUCGCAGAGAAACAAUACCUGCUGCAGCUCCAUACAGGAAGACGAGCCAGAAAGGGAAGGAUAUCGCUGGAGAAUCAAGUCGAGUAUGGAAGCAAAAGGAAAUAGUUAAAACCCCUAGACUGGAAGGCACAAACUCGAAGAGCACGGGUGAAUCCUCAAUCCCCAUUGGCAGAAAAUCGAACUCCUCAGGAAAAAGAUCCGUGCCUUGCAGUAGAGCUACGUCCCCUCCAGAGGCUAACAGAGAUUUGGUAUCAGUCUUUGAGAGAUUAGGAAAUGCAGAACCUAACUCCCCCUGCAUCGCUGAGCAUGAUAGAGCUGCUGAGGCAAGAUCAAGUCACUCCAAGGACUCCUCUAACCACAAAGAAUCUCAAGAAGGACGUUCAAGCAAGGGAAGUAGAAGCCCUCCCUCAGUUUUCGAACGGCUCGGAUCACACUCACAGAACACAGCAGAGGGCACAAAGAACCUCAGAGAAGUCCUAUCUUCAAAGAGAAGAAGGCUCAAUAAUAGCGGGGACAGGGAAGCAAAGAAGCCUCGAACAGAAACCCAUGAAGCUUCAGUGUUUCAAAGACUAGGCACCAAAGGAAGCGGGUCUGGAGAGAAAUCAGUAGAAGUUCCAGUUCAUUCUGCUCAAGUAGCAGCUACACGCCCUCGCCAUUCUGUCCGUAGGAUAGUAUUGGGGAGUGGCAAAAUCUUGGAAGAAGGGUUGAUGGAUAAUUCCAACCCUUCAAAGUCAAUAUGAGAAUAC